ACAUAACAUCCGUAUUCCUCGUUAUGUAAUGAAUGCGUCUGCGCAUAGCACACAGCUGCACUUUUUUUGCGAUGCAAGUCAAGCGGCCUACGGGACUUGUGCAUAUGUGCGUACGGUUUCGGGAGAUAAUAACGAGGUAAUAACAGUACAUCUGUUGUGUGCGAAGAGUAAGGUCGCGCCCUUAAAAUCUGUUAGUAUAGCUAAACUUGAAUUACUAGGCGCGUUGUUAGCCGCUAGAUUAUACUCAAAGGUAGUUAAAUCGCUUAAAGUGAAGUUUGAUUCUGUUUACUUUUGGUGUGAUAGUACAAUCGUGCUUGGGUGGAUUCGUAUGUCCCCCCACACACUCAAAACAUUCGUUCAAAACAGGGUGUCGGAGAUAAACGAGUUAACCGGGAGUGCACAGUGGUUACAUAGUGAACAUAUACGCUUACUGCAUGCUCCGCCUAGUCUCCUGUUGUCUACUGUCAAAGACUGCUGGUGGCCGCUCGGAGGCACUAAUUUAGCCAAGCGAGUGGUACGCACCUGUGUGACCUGCAUUCGCAUGAAGGCACAGACGUUCGCGCCUAUUAUGGAUCCCAACGACCUCUCCGCAUUAACUCCAGCUCAUUUCCUUAUUGGCCGACCGCUGACAGCACCCCCCUGCAAGGACCUGACGGCAGAAACGGGCCGGCUCCCACGCUACGAGAUGCUGGAGAAAAUGCGACAACACUUUUGGCAGCGAUGGUCGAAGCAAUAUAUUUCUGAGCUGCAGACCAGAACUAAAUGGCAGACGCAAGGCCAGGAUAUCGUUCUAAACGCUUUAGUUCUGGUGAAAGAAGAUAAUCUACCACCCCUCAAAUGGCGUUUGGGCCGGGUGGUAGCUUUGUUCACAGGCAACGACGGAGUGUCUCGCGUCGCUGACGUAAAAACGGCGAACGGGACUAUACGAAGGGCAUUCACCAAACUUUGCCCUCUCUUGAUGCCGCCAGAGGGCGACACUGCGCCUACCUCAUCCGCAUCACCACUACCACAUUGAAAGCGGGUGCUUUCAAGGCCGGGGGCAUGUUCGCGAGCACAGCGCCAUCUAGCGGACCUCCCAAGAAGAGGACGAGUUCCACACACGGCCGCGCGGGGGCGCGGCGACAGCCUCUCCCACUUUACCAUCCUCUACGACACGGCACACAAGCCGCUCUCGCGAUUUUU